CAAUAAUUUUAAAGGGCUUUCCACACAAAACAAAAUUGCUUUUCACAGACACUUUUAAAAUUUCUGUUAGGAAAAACCUUCAUAGGAAAAGAACAAAUUUCUCACCAGGAAGAAAAUGACUUUUCUGUAGUGCCUGAGGUUUACUACAGCCCUUCAAAAGUUAGAAAAUCUUACAGAUAGUUUGAAAAUCUUACAGAAAGGUGAAUCUCUUUUUGUCAAGUGUGAUUCCUGCCGAUUGGAUUUAUAUACCAUAAAUAGUGCACAAAAUUCAAAAUGGAGUUUUACUACCGUUCCUCUGGGAAAGGGGAUUUCUUUUUAUGAGUUAGUAAGAAUUAGUUCAUAGGUGCUAGAAAGCAUCACGGUCUGUGCCGUGGGUGUUUGAAGGGUCCUGUGAAUGAAACAGCUAUUGGUAAUCACUUCCUCUCCUCUGCCCCUAAGGAAGUAGAGACCUUUGUGCCAUGAUAGCAUGGGUAAAUGUUUCUUCUUAUUUGUAGGAUUCUCUUUUUAGCCACUGUGUUUAUACUGUCAUUGAUCUAUAGAGAUAAUAAUAUGUAUGAUUUAUCUUUGUCUCAGGUAAGCACAAGGUGAGUCUGUGAUAGCAAGUAACGUACUGUAAAAGUGGCAGAGUCCCAUUCAUCAUUACAGAUAAAUGUCCUUUCCUUAUCCCCACCAUGCUGGAGGUGACAUACCAAGUCCUCGAUGUCCUCAGAAUCCUCCCCAAAAUAAUUCUUACUACUAAAAUUAACACGGUAUUUUUGUCUCACUGCCCACUUCAAAUAAACCGCUUCUGUGACAGCCUGUAAGCAAGGAUUAACCAGAUAAUGAAAGAAAAACGUAGUUACAACAAAAGAUGACAUUCUGUAUCAGGGUUACAUAGGCUACAGUGCUUAUUAUCUGACAUUCUCCAGACUGUUGCACUGUUUUUCUCUGUACCUCGUAGAUUACAUAAAAUGGUAGUGCACAGCAAGAUGAUGAUGUCAUUAAACUAACAAGACAGAGGGAGGUAAGAAGCUGAUAAGCAUAAAAAUAAUCUAUUAACUUUCAUGAGAUUUGCAUGGGUAUAGCUAAACAGGAACUGAGUUCUGUAGGAGAUACUGUCAAAAGCUUAGGCUCAGUUUUCAUCUAGACAUGCAAUUAAUCGUGAUUAAAAAUGAGAAGCAGACGCUACUUCAGCACUGUAGCAAGGUACUUCUACCAUUGUGCCUGCAGUUAUUUACUUGUGCGCGCUCUGACAUCUCAUUUAAAAUAGUCUCUGUGGCUGAGAGUCCAGUCGUAGAUGUGCCUUUGAAAGCAGUAGUCCAUGUAUUAAAAAAUUAACCUUUCCUCUUUUCCUCCCUAAAUUGCUUCAUUAAGCAAUUUACCCUUUUUAUUAUUACCUUUGACUAUUUUCACCUCUCUAAAUGUCUAAAAUAUCUGCAGUGAAAAUUAGCUGCAGGUGGGGCUUUUGUCUUGCUCCCCCUGUAGAUGGCCCAUGCAGAAAUGUGGUGCCGUAUCUGAGCAGCUCUAGCAUUGCUCACAAAUCAAAGUCUCUUCGCUGUGUCCGUUGUGUUUUACAGAUUUUAACUUUGGUCUUUAUUUUCUCCAACUCUUGCAGUUGCUCCCGCUGACCCCUCUAAUUUUGACACGUGCCAGCUGCAUCCCUCUUAACUUGGCAUCACAUUUUGCUGACUCAUUUUUUGACCUACUGGUCUGUUUCCAACUAUUCUUUUCCUAUAAAGUUCCUUCUUUUGUAAAGCUGUUUAAUGCCCAUCUCCAUCUUAUUGUAGUCCCCUAUAAUUGAUUUAUGUCAAAUACCACAUUCAUCUCUUCCUCCGGAUGGGAAAUGUCUUUACUCUGCUCAUAAACUGCUGUGUAUUCUAAAAUCACUUGGUAAGAAGUAAAUCGCAGAAUUAUUUAUGAACUAAGCACAACAACAGUAACUUGCUUUAGCUGUGCUAAGUUAAAAUGUUUAUCUGUCUAUGAACUCAUACAACAUGUGUCUGAAAACUAUAUGAACUGCAUUUUCAAAGGCACGGACAAAACUUUUUUCCUACUUCAAAUAUGUAAUGCCCUAGUUCAGUUUUUCUGUUCAUUAAUUGUGGUGAAAGCUACCAUUUCCUUUGUAUGCAAGUGUACUAAGUUAAUCAAAUUUGUCCUUUAUAAAUUAUUUCUAUAAAUAUUGUAAUGUGAGUUCUUAGGACAUGCAUUCACAUGGCAUAUUUCUGAGUGGCACUGGUGUGAUGUCACAUCUCUCUUGUAAACAUGUCUAACAGUGGUAGAAAACACAAAAUUUUAUUUUCAUGUUUUUUAAGCCAACCCUUUCAAGUUAGUACUUUCCAAUAUUUCAGAUUUCUUCUCUGUUUGGGUUAGUGAAAAUAAAUUACAACGGCACUUCCAUGUGUUUGGGCCUUAUAAAUUCUCAGUUUUCUGUAUUUGGGAUGGCAAAUUCCUAUAUGUAAACAUCAAUCAUAUAUACAUUAGCGGCUUUAUAUUCAAAUAUUUGAUAUGCCUGUCUCCUUUUCCACACUAGGUGUCUUUUCAAACAUGCUUCACAAUCUGCUUUCUGUAUCUUGAGACAGAAGUAGAAGGUUUGUAUGUACAUUCAUCACAUUAAGGGAAGUGGAUGUAGGAAAGGAAAAACAUGUAGUUCUUUUUGUUCAAUCCUGCAUGCAAAUGAUUUUUAUAAAAUCCUUGGGUAUGGAGGGCAUUGCCCUGAUUUGCUUGAGAAUGGAACCAUGACCUCACAAAACUUAGUGUUUUUACACUUAGUGAAUUUUAAAGGAUCCUAAAUUCAUAUUGUUUGCUUCCAGGGUAUCGUUGGUGAUUUAAAAUGAUGCCCUUGAGUAUUAUGUUGAGAAAGAGGAAGAUAAUUAUUCUUCAUUAAUUACAGAAUUCCUAUUAUGAGCAUUUAUAAGCAGAUAACAUGUAUUAACAUCUGUUUAUGUUAUGUGCUGUUGAUCAUUUCCAUAUAGCAGAGUCAUGACUUUUUUUUUUUCCCCAAAGAAAUGUUGAGAAAUGUUGAGAGCAUACAAAAGUCCUUGAUGUCGUCCAUGUGACCAUUUGUUUAGCUGAGUUCAGGCUGGACACAGUAUUUAGAGUCUGACUGUUGCUUCUGCUAUUCUAAUGCAUUCAAAAAGUUCAGGGCUUUUUCUGUGUUCACUACCCUUUGUGUAUGAAACCUCCCUUCCCGUAUCAUACCUGCUGCACAGACCUUUCUGUAAUUGGCCACUUUUCUAAAGUUAAAUUCUUCAAGAACUGACUGCUUAGAAUAAUUGUAAAUAUGCACACAUUAUAGGGGAACUUACGAAAGCCAAAGAGAACAUUGUGCUGUUUGCAUUUCUCUAUAUAAGAUAUACUGGCAUUGUGACUGACAAAUGCCCUUCAGUUUAAUUUGAGCACAUACUUGAAGUUACAGUUCUCCUGGAUUUAUGGUGUGGAUUUUCCACUCAUAAUGGAACUUCUACAAUGUAAUUUAAUCAGUCUUGACUAUAACCCUCCAGCUUUGACACAUAGAAUAACAUGUAUGUGCCUAAUAACUGAAAGAUGAAAAGAUAUUAAGAGUUGUGUGCUCACAUGUGAAGAUUGUAAACUCUUGGUCACUAAACCUUCUUGAAAUGUACAAGUGGUAAGUAACUGUGAUUCUAUCUACUGCAGAAAUAUGAUUAAAGAUAACAAAGAAGUUGUUCCACUAAUGGGCAAGAAAACAAAUCCAUCUGGUAAUCCCCCUUCAAACCAGCAAGAGAAAAAGCCAACUGAGAGCACUCCCACAAAGAAAAGUUCACACUUCUUUCUGGAGAUUGAUGGUUUUGAAAGCAAUGCAACUCCAAAUAAUACAUCUCCCCCUGUGUUUUCAAAACCAAUGGAUUCAAAUAUUCGUCCAUGUGCAUCUGGAAAUGGGGAAGAUAUGGAUUCCCCACAGUCUCUUCAGGAUGAUGUGACUGAAUAUAGCCCUAAUGUAGACAGUUGUGCUAACAUACCACAAGGUCCUGAGCAGACAAGUGCCCGGAAGAAGUUGAAAAGAUACAUAUUUCGAGCAGUAUCUGAGGGAAAUGUGGAAGAAUUGCAAGGUCUGCUCGCAGAGCUGAAGGAACGAUCAAAUGCAUGUACAAACAUGACUGUGCCAGAUUAUCUGAUGAAAAAAUUCACAGCUUCAGAUACUGGCAAAACAUGUCUGAUGAAAGCUCUACUGAACAUCAACCAAAACACAAAUGAGAUCGUGAAUAUGCUACUCUCCUUUGCAGAAGAAAAUGGUAUUUUGGAGAGGUUUAUCAAUGCAGCAUACACAGAAGAGGCCUAUAAAGGCCAGACAGCUCUAAAUAUUGCCAUUGAAAGAAGACAAUAUGAAAUCACUCAGAGCCUUAUAGAAAAAGGAGCUGAUGUCAAUGCUCACGCCCAGGGUAUUUUCUUUAAUCCCAAACAUAAGCAUGAAGGCUUUUAUUUCGGUGAAACUGCACUGGCGUUAGCUGCAUGUACCAAUCAACCAGACAUAAUUCAGCUGUUAAUGGACAAUACCAGGACUAAUAUUACUUCUCAGGAUUCCAGAGGAAACAAUAUCUUGCAUGCAUUAGUUACUGUUGCGGAGGACUUUAAAACUCAGAAUGACUUUGUAAUCAGAAUGUAUGAUAUGAUUUUGUUGAAAAGUAAAGACAGAAAUUUGGAAACAGCAAGGAACAAGGAUGGUUUGACACCACUACAAUUAGCUGCAAAAACUGGGAAAUUAGAGGUUCUGAAAUACAUCCUGAGCAGAGAGAUAAGAGAUAAGCCUAACAGGAGCUUGUCAAGAAAAUUCACAGACUGGGCUUAUGGUCCUGUUCAGUCUUCUCUUUAUGAUCUGACAGAUCUAGAUACCACCACGGACAAUUCAGUACUGGAGAUUAUUGUUUAUAAUACGAAUAUUGGUAAUCGUCAUGAAAUGCUGACUUUGGAGCCUCUGAAUUCACUGCUGCGAAUGAAAUGGAAGAAGUUUGCACGACACAUGUUUUUUAUGUCAUGUUGUUUUUAUUUCCUAUACAAUAUAACACUGACGUUAGUUUCCUACCACAGACCUAAUGAAAAUGAAGCUCCACCUUAUCCACUAGCUCUAACACGUGGUGUGGGAUGGUUGCAGUUAUCGGGACAGGUGAUGGUUAUGUUAGGAGCAAUAUUUUUAGCUAUAAAAGAGAGUGUAGCCAUCUUUCUGCUUAGGCCCUCAGACCUGCAGUCAAUUCUCUCAGAUGCGUGGUUCCACUUUGCAUUUUUUAUACAAGCUUUGCUUGUGAUCUUCUCUGUCUUUUUGUACUUGUUUUCCUACAAAGAACACCUCGUGUGUCUUGUUUUGGCAAUGGCCCUAGGAUGGGCUAAUAUGCUCUAUUUCACCAGAGGUUUCCAGUCCAUGGGAAUAUACAGUGUUAUGAUUCAAAAGGUCAUCCUGCAAGAUGUGAUAAAAUUUUUAGUUGUCUAUAUCGUGUUUUUGCUGGGAUUUGGCGUAGCUCUUGCUGCAUUGAUUGAAACUUGCCAAAACGGCAGUGAGUGCCAUUCUAACAGCAGUCUGGGACCUGUUCUGAUGGAUCUUUUUAAGCUCACUCUAGGACUGGGUGAUCUGGAGAUCCAGCAAAAUUCAAAAUAUCCUGUGCUAUUUCUUCUGCUCCUCAUAACUUAUGUUGUGUUGACUUUUGUUCUUCUCUUGAACAUGCUUAUUGCAUUAAUGGGAGAAACAGUGGAAGAUAUUUCUAAAGAGAGUGAGCACAUCUGGAAACUCCAGAGAGCUAGAACCAUUUUGGAAUUUGAAAAAUUCUUACCAAAAUCUUUGAGGAAAAAAUUCCAACUGGGAGAACGGUGUAAAGUGGCUGAAAAUGACACGAGGGUGUGCUUAAGGAUUAAUGAAGUGAGAUGGACCGAGUGGAAAACGCAUGUUUCAUUUAUUAAUGAAGAUCCAGGGCCAACAGAUCCAAGCAAAGUUCAAGAUAAUUCAAGAACUAAUAGCAAAACAACCCUGAAUACGUUUGAAGAAAUGGAUGAUUUGCCUGAAACUUCUGUUUAGUUCUUCUGUAUUUCAUAUGUGGAUGCUUUGGAGGCUAAAAGCAUCAGAAGCUGAUGUUGAAAGCUUUUUUAGUAUUUUGGACAGCUGUAACCAGCUGGAACACAAACUUACAGUGACAUGGUCUGAUGACUUUAACCCAUUUAAUCAGUGCAGCUAUGCUAAAAAUAAAAUGGACUAUUUCACUGGUUCAAUUUUGAGCCUCUUAAAAACCAUUGCUGUCCAAGUAUGUAUGAUUAUUCAAACUUGGAUCUAGACUAUGUACUGGUUAAAAAAAGGUCUAAUGUGAGAUAUUUCUUCCUUUUGUGGAAAACUGAGAUCUUUGUGAUCCCAGUCUGAUGUCUUUUGUUUUCAAAUCUUUAGCACAUUGUAUUCUGAAAAAACUUAAGUUUUUGUCAUGGUGAAAAGAAAGGCAUUUCAAUUUUGAAGACUACUAAAUGAAGAAUUUUACUUUGAAAUAACAAUGUUCUGGAAACAUUUGAAACUUUUGUAUUGAUGGUCAGUGUUACUGGAAUCUUUAUCCCACAAUUUGGAGAAAGCUUCAAGUAGAAAAAUAGCCCCUUUGGGUCUCAUUAGCUUUGUGAUUUAUUUUCCUGUGUAUACUACCUAGGGUACAAAUGUGGUCUUUAUUCAUGUGGAUCAUAUGUGGAUUUUUAUUCAUUAUUUAUAUAUGUGCCUUCCCAUAAAAUAAUAGGGCAGAAACACAAUUCACAAUGGAGAAUUUCUGAGUUUGUUCAAGUCACAAUGUCUUUAUUUUUCCUGUUUCUACUUGGCUUUUCCAUACUGGUGAAUCUUGCUAUCACACUGGAAGUUUUCAGGUUUAAUUAAAUCAAUUUCUACAUUCAACCACUUCAGAAAGAUGAAAGUCAAUUUCUUCCCAAAGGAACAGAAUAAGUUAAAUGCAAUAUAAUUGCAGACUUUAUUUUAUUUUUAUUUUUAUUUUUUUUAAUUCAGAGGACUGUGUAAUGCAUUUCUGUAGCACUUUUUAUUUCAUUACUUGUGAUGACCUAGUACUAUAAAUUAUAUUUUUUACUUUUCUAUUUGUGUAUGUAUAAAAAGAAAUAGUUGUCCUGUGUACCUGUAGAUUUCAAUUAUUACAAUAUGUAUCUUCAUUGUCAUGGAUUUUUGUCGUAUAUACAUUUGGUGCCUGUUUUAAAGGUACUAUUUAGGAAACACUCAGGUAAAUUCUGUUUUGUGUUUGAAUGAUAAUAUGAAUUGCAUUGGAUUCUUACAGCUAAGCCUGAAGUGCGCAAAAUGGUCCAAAAAACUUUCUUAACACAGAAGAGAACGUGAGGGAACUCUCCAUCGGAAAGGAUAGUGCAAAGCUAUUUGCAGUGAUGGUGAACAUAUUUUUUGCUACCAAACUGGUCUUCUACAGAUGUCCUAUGAGGCGUUUGCUACCGUGUAUGGCUCGGAUGGAUGGGAUCAAGUUGAAAUCUUCAGUUACUUUUUCACAGUGCAUAGGAAUUCUAGGGGAAGGACAUUCAUGCAUAUCAAUAUACUGAUGUAGUAUCUGAGCAUUGUUUGACCUUCUUAGUAGGAUAUGUGAGUAUGAGAAGAAAAAAUCCUAUCUUCCAGAAUCUUUCAUCUGUGCUGGUUGAUUUUGCAUUGAAACUGACAACAAAGAAUAUUGUCUUAGGACUAUGCAGUUCCAUUUGGAUUCUUUUGAGUGCCAGUUUUUGUACCAAAAAAAUACCUCGUCACAUAUACUCAGGAACCGGAAUAAAUGAGUCUGCACUGUAUUCCAUAUUGUUAUGGAUAGACUUGUCACUAAAAACAAGUUCAGAUGUCUCUGCACUGUACUGAGGUCAGACUGUAGGCACAGCCAUAAAACAGGGAAGACACAAGAAACGUAAGGAACGUGCUGUAGCCAUGUCCAUGUUCAAAGCUAUGUGAUACAAAUG